AUGAGUCGAGCAAAGCUCGACGAAUCUCAUCGUUCCACUCCACUGAAUGAGCCUCAAAACUAUUGGGGUUUCGCGAAUUUUCCGAAUCAAGUAUUCCGCCGAGCUAUCAAACAUGGCUUUAAUUUCACCCUCAUGGUAGUAGGGCGCAGUGGCCUCGGCAAGUCUACAUUUAUAAACACGCUGUUCUUAGCAGAGAUUAACGACUUAAAAACCCCACCUCCGCCUACUGGCUCUACAGUACGUAUCGAAGAGAAGAAUGUAAAGCUGGUCGAGAAUACUGUAAAACUAAACUUGACGUUGGUCGAUACACCCGGAUUUGGAGAUGCUGUCAAUAAUACACGAUGUUGGGAACCUAUCAUCCACUAUGUCGAUGGGAAAUUUCUCGAAUUCUUCUGCGAAGAAACAAAAAUUGAAAGAAAAGACCGGCCCGUUGACAAAUGUGUGCACCUUUGUUUAUACUUUAUCGAGCCCAGUGGUCAUGGACUGAAACCGUUGGAUAUUGAGUUCAUGAAGCAGCUUCACACUCGCGUUAAUAUUGUGCCAGUUAUUGCUAAGGCCGAUUGUUUGACAAAAGACGAGUUGAGGAAGUUUAAGGCUCAAGUCAAUAAGGAAAUCGUUGCAAAUGAAAUCAAAUUGUAUAAAUUCCCUGAGCUCGACGAGGAGAAAGAUAAGGCUGCAAGCGAACGACUGAGAAAUUGUCUACCAUUUGCGAUUGUUGGUAGCAAUCUUUUGAAAGAAGAAGGUGGAAAGAAAAUAAGAUAUAGAGAAUACCCAUGGGGCGUGGUGGAAGUUGAGAAUAUGGCUCACAAUGACUUCAUCCCACUCCGAGAUAUGGUCGUACGGACGAAUCUCAUUGAUAUGAUUGACGUCACUCGGUCUGUGCACUACGAGAACUUCCGCCUUCGACAAAUGGAUAAGCUCCCAAAGCAUGUGAUGGACCGGUAA